CCCUGCGCUCCCGGGAGGCCUCUGAAAGCUUCCACUAGAGAAAAACUCCCCACUUUUACAAUUUCUUUAACUGCAAGAAGCGGAGGACCUGGACAAGGACUGGAGGGGCAAGGUGGCGAACCAAGGGUAGGGCGCGCACCGGGCCCGAGAGGUCCCCCGCAGGUUGCAGACACGGUGGACUCUCAGUGGCUUCUGAGCACGGAGGGAGCUGUAGCGGGGUCGGGAGGUCGUCCCUCAUCCCUGUCUCCCCAUCUUCCGACGGCCGGCGGGGCCAUGUCCAGAGGCCCGAGCUCCGCGGUCCUGCCUAGCGCCCUGGGAUCCCGGAAGCUCGGCCCCCGGAGCCUCAGCUGCCUGUCGGACCUGGACGGCGGCGUGGCCCUGGAGCCCCGGCCCUGUAGGCCCCCGGGGAGCCCGGGCCGCGCGCCGCCGCCAACGCCAGCGCCGUCGGGCUGCGACCCCCGCCUGCGGCCCAUCAUCCUGCGGCGGGCGCGCUCACUGCCCAGCUCCCCCGAGCGCCGCCAGAAGGCCGCGGGCGCGCCGGGCUCUGCGUGUCGGCCAGGCUGCAGCCGGCAGCUCCGCGUGCGCUUCGCCGACGCCCUGGGCUUGGAGCUGGCGCAGGUCAAGGUGUUCAACGCGGGAGACGACCCGUCCGUGCCGCUGCACGUGCUGUCGCGGCUCGCCAUCAACUCGGACCUGUGUUGCAGCAGCCAGGACCUGGAGUUCACCCUGCAGUGCCUGGUGCCCGAUUUCCCGCCGCCCGUCGAGGCCGCCGACUUUGGCGAGCGCCUGCAGCGGCAGCUCGUGUGCCUGGAGCGUGUCACUUGCUCGGACCUUGGCAUCAGCGGUACAGUGCGCGUAUGCAACGUGGCCUUCGAGAAGCAGGUGGCUGUGCGCUACACUUUCUCAGGCUGGCGCAGUACCCACGAGGCGGUGGCGCGGUGGCGCGGGCCCGCAGGCCCCGAGGGCACGGAGGACGUUUUCACUUUCGGCUUCCCAGUACCGCCCUUCCUGCUGGAGCUCGGCUCCCGCGUGCACUUCGCAGUGCGCUACCGAGUGGCGGGUGCCGAGUACUGGGACAACAACGACCACCGAGACUACAGCCUCACAUGUCGCAACCACGCGCUGCACAUGCCUCGCGGGGAGUGCGAAGAGAGCUGGAUCCACUUCAUCUGAGCCGCGCGGGGACCGGCCACCUGGAGCCUCCACACCUAAGCUGCGCCUCCUGUCAUUUCCCUGCUGGCCUCUCAGAUCUAUCUGGUUGUUCUUCACCACCCUCCAAGUCCUCUGACCUAAUUUUCUGCUGCAAGGUCCCCUGGCAGUGGCCCAUCUUAUCUUCUACUUGAAACGUCUGAGUCACUGGCCUCAGGUGGCCAGAAGGCCGAGUUGUGUAAUGAGUUGGGGCAGGGUGGUGGGGUAGGUGCAUGGGAGGGUGGGCCCUCUGGGGAGGCCCAAGCAGCUUGUUUUGUAAAGGCCCAAGUCCUCCUGCUAGGAAAAGCUUUUGCAUGUGUCCUGAAUGUGUCUCUGUAAACAUAGCUGUUAUUUAUUAUUGUGAUGUUGGGACCUUUAGCCCAUGGCGGAUGCCUCCUCAGUAAUAUUCUCGAUUUAAUAAGCUAAAAAAAAAAAGUUCUGUUACGUGUUUGUGCCCACAGUAAAGAGAAUGUACGGUGUGACCCACAUCAUGGUCCCUCCAGGCGUUCCUGCCCCAGGACAAGGAAAACCUGAGACCACAUCUGAUUGCCAACGGCUGUAGCCUUCUAACAGUGGAAAACUAUUAAUAGGCAAGAAAUUUCUGCUUUAUCAGUCAUCACACAACCAUUCCUGGGCAUUGAGACUGUCCUGGUUAGGCUGUGUCUCUCUUACAUUAACAGCUGGGGAGGAGGGAAAAGCUUCAAACUUUUAAACUAGCAAAACAGUUAUUUCUCUGCAUUCACAAUUCUGAUUUCAUGUGUUUCUCUGUACAUGUUUGAUCAUUAUCAGGCCAUUCUGUUAAAGUUUUAAACUAAGCAUUUUAAGAAGUCUUGCCUCAGUUAUUUCAGUUUUCAGGUGACUAGAGAAUUUCAGGCAACAGUGCCCUUUGCAAUUACCUUUUUGAUGAUUAAAAUGACUAUUUUUAUUUCUUGUUAAGCAUCAGAAGAUGUCAGCAUUCAUCUUUUGGGAGUCCAGUUACAAGGUGGAACUAGGUAUUUUCAGCAAUAGCCAGAGCACUGGAGGAAAAAUAAUUGACAAAUAUUUAUACUUUUAAAUUGUUUUGAACUAUAUUUACAUACAUCAUGUUUUAUCAGGUACCCACCAACUUUACACUUUGUGCCUUCGGAUAGAGUUUCUAACAUUUUCUAAUUUGUCAGUUUUAAAAUACUAAAUUCUAGCCGGGCGCGGUGGCUCACGCCUGUAAUCCCAGCACUUUGGGAGGCUGAGGCGGGUGGAUCACGAGGUCAGGAGAUCGAGACCACGGUGAAACCCCGUCUCUACUAAAAAUACAAAAAAAUUAGCCGGGCGUGGUGGCGGGCGCCUGUAGUCCCAGCUACUCGGAGAGGCUGAGGCAGGAGAAUGGCGUGAACCCGGGAGGCGGAGCUUGCAGUGAGCCGAGAUUGCGCCACUGCACUCCAGCCUGGGUGACAGAGCAAGACUCCGUCUCAAAAAAAAAAAAAAAAUACUAAAUUCUUUUAUGUUUUUAAACCCUCAACCAAGAAGUCAAGACCACUGUCCCCUGCUGAGUUAGGCAAUCACUUAAAACUCCAAAGAACUCCAGGCUGAGGAGUUCUUUUGGUGCUGAACAGUGGUCUGACAAUAGGUGCUAGAAUUAAGGUGUGCAAAACAAACAAACAAAAAAAAACAGCCAAGAAGGACAAGAUCUCCAAUUUGUGAAGUUUGUUUAUGAUACAGUUGAAACCAGUCUGAUCAGUUUUAUGCUACCUGUCACCAGGAAAUUAACUAAAUUUUUGAAUGCUUGUUGGCAUCUGUCAAAUCAAUACUGAAAGGAUGCAUUUCGGCUUUUAACCAGUUUGGUUCUGAUAAUUGCAACCUCUGUGCUUUUAUAAUUCAAAGAACAAGGAUGGCUUUCUUCGGUAUCUUUUGAUCUAAGAACACUGAAUUUUGACUUAAAAUAUUGUGACUAAAUUGCACAAUCUCUGGCUAUUAGCAAUGUUCACUACAUUGACAUGCAAGAGAGAGAGAAGCCUGGUUACAUUUCCUGCUAUUUAACAAACUGUCCAAUUAGGUCAGCAAGCCUGUUAGGGCCUUGGCUGCUAUGCCCCUGGCCCCAAAACUGAGAGCAAGACAAUUGUCCAGAGAAUUUAGGUAUGAGUUAAGAGCUGCCAGAUUUAUUUUAAGGCAUGUAGAGAAUCUCAUAAUCUAUGUGAAAGUCACUUGCCAAAAAGGUUCUGGUCAUGAAAUAUAAAGUAAAUGUUAUAUAUUUAAUAUUAAGUGAACCUCCCGUGCCUUUUAAAAAAUAUCAACAUUAUGAAAUUUAAAAGCUUAAAUAUUGGAACAGCUGAAGGAGAAUUUUCAGACCCUAAAACAGUUAUAUUGCUUAGAUGUUAAAAUUUUCUAGUGGACUGUGCAAUUGCUGGGUUGUCUCCCCAGACAUAUUUUAAUAUGUUAUUUAAAAUGAUUUUACCCAAACCUAAGUAUUAAAGUAUAUGUGCAAAAACAGCUGUGAGCCAUUCUAUUAUGCUGGAGUGUUUUUCUUGUGGCCUAAUUACAGAAGACCAAGCGUUAGAAACUUCUUGUCUAAAUCAUUUCACAUGCAAGUCUUAUCCUUUCUACAACACCAAUAAAUGUAGAGCCUUGGCAAAAAUAAA